AGGGCCGCCAAGCUGGGGCUUUGACAGCCGCGCUUGCUCACGCGCUUUCGGUCCACUGCUGCAGCUGGAACCGCUGGAAUGUGGCGGAGCGGCUGCCGGCGUCUCGGGGCGUGGCUCUGCUGCCCUCGCAGCGGUCUCCCGGUCCCCGCCGACAGCGGCCGCCGGCGCUUGGUCUCCUGCAUCGACCGUAAGGCUCACCCCGGGGAACAGGUGUUCGGGACCCGGGCUGGGGCCGUGGUCUCCGCGCCCUUGGAGCGCUCUGUCAGAGGAGCUUCCAUGGGACUAAAUGAAGAACAGAAAGGAUUCCAGAAAGUGGCCUUUGACUUUGCAGCCCGGGAGAUGGCUCCUCAUAUGGCAGAGUGGGACCAGAAGGAACUGUUCCCAGUGGACACGAUGCGGAAGGCGGCCCAGCUAGGUUUCGGUGGGGUCUAUGUACAAACGGAUGUUGGUGGGUCGGGACUGUCACGGCUCGAUGCCUCUAUCAUCUUUGAAGCCUUGGCUACAGGCUGCACCAGCACCACAGCCUAUAUCAGCAUCCACAACAUGUGUGUCUGGAUGAUUGAUACCUUUGGAAAUGAGGAACAGAGGCACAGAUUUUGCCCACCACUCUGUACCAUGGAGAAGUUUGCUUCCUACUGCCUCACUGAGCCAGGAAGCGGGAGCGACGCUGCCUCCCUUCUGACCUCAGCUAAACGACAAGGAGAUCAUUACAUCCUCAACGGCUCCAAGGCCUUCAUCAGUGGUGGAGGCGAGUCAGACAUCUAUGUGGUCAUGUGCCGAACAGGAGGGCCAGGCCCCAAAGGCAUCUCAUGCGUUGUUGUUGAGAAGGGGACCCCUGGCCUCAGCUUUGGCAAGAAGGAGAAGAAGGUGGGGUGGAACUCGCAGCCAACCCGAGCGGUCAUCUUCGAAGACUGCGCCGUCCCUGUGGCCAGCAGAAUUGGGGACGAGGGGCAGGGCUUCCUCAUCGCCAUGAAAGGACUAAAUGGAGGGAGGAUCAGCGUUGCUUCUUGUUCUCUCGGGGCUGCUCAUGCUUCAGUCAUUCUCACCCGAGACCACCUCAAUGUCCGUAAGCAGUUUGGAGAGCCUCUGGCCAGGAACCAGUACCUGCAGUUCAAACUGGCUGACAUGGCAACCAGGCUGGUGGCCUCAAGGCUGAUGAUCCGCAGUGCCGCAGUGGCCCUGCAGGAGGGACGGGAAGACGCAGUGGCCCUGUGCUCCAUGGCCAAGCUCUUUGCUACAGAAGAAUGUUUUGCUAUCUGCAGCCAGGCCUUACAGAUGCACGGAGGCUACGGCUACCUGAAGGACUAUGCUGUUCAGCAGUAUGUGCGGGACUCCAGGGUCCACCAGAUACUGGAAGGCAGCAAUGAAGUGAUGAGGAUGCUGAUCUCUCGAAGCCUGCUUCAGGAGUAGCACCCAGGUUCGGUCUUCUGGCAUGAUGUUUAAUGUGCAGCUUCACUUGGCCUCAGGCAGCUCCUUGUGGACGGUGCUGUUGCAAAUGAGUCAUGGAUUAGAUGGAAGGCCUCUUCUAGGCAGACCCUUCACUGUGUGUUGGCUGUGGUACAGCGUCUUCAGAGAGCCGGAGGAGCCGCUUUGAUUGGGGGCAUCACAAAAGAACACACUACUCUUGCACACAGGCAACCAGUGCAGACACGUCACUAGACCAUGGGCCUCUCUCGGAUCUGUGUCAUCUCGAUUUGUCUGCAUUUGGCUGGAUCACUGGGUCCUCUUCCAGGGAUCUGAAUAUUUCUAUGGAGGGUUGUUCCUACUUGUAAAGCAAAGGCAUGGGAAAGGAAAAUGGAGAGAAAAUGGCCUCUCUUUUCCUGUCCUCUGCAGCUCAGCUAAAGGUGCAGAAGGGCUCUGUAGGUGCAUUUCCUGUAUAGCACACCUCUGAAAGCCAAUCAUGGUAAAAUGAGUGUCAGGAAACCUUUGUUCCUGAGCUGUGAUUUAGGAGUAUCUGGAGUCUGGACUACCUGGUGACUGUCAUGGAUUAAGGUCACCUGGGACUUUGAGUAUUUGUUGUUGCUUUCUUUUUUAAGAAUCAUGUAAUUUGGGAUGGUAUUCAAAAUUUCUGUAACCCUUUCUAAUAAAUACUUUGAGUAUAUUUUUUCC